AGCAAGCGCGGAAUUCUUCUUGACCCAGCCCUACUUGAUCGUGGCUCGGUCAAACACGCACUUCCUUCUGCAAUGCCAGGGGCUUCUAAGGUUAAGUUGCAACCUGGACUGACGAAGCCGCGUCUUGAGGCUUGACCGAAGGCUGUGCCGCAGAUCUACUUGCAGGCUAAGAUUGAUCUGUAUUCCAGAGUAAGCACUUCAUAUCAUCAUUUCCUUUGUUGAAUUCAAUCUUCUUUCUUUCUAUACAACCUCCAUUUGGCGAGGAUACACGGAGCCUGCAUCAUGAUCGCCGCAGAGCCAGGGAAAAAGCGAAGACAAUGUGGUCCCAAGACUAGGACCGGAUGUCAGACGUGCAAAAUCCGAAGAGUCAAAUGCGAUGAAUCGAAACCGUCCUGCAAGCGAUGUACAAGCACUGGACGAAAAUGCGACGGCUACGUUCAAGGCUCAAUACCAAGCCCAGACGACAAAGACUUCGGUGCCGUCAUACAACGAAUAGCGACACAUUUACCAGGAAGUAGUCAGGAGAAGAGGGGGUUUCAAUAUUUCGUCACGACGACAUCAGCAGAGCUUUCUGGAUUCUUCACCAACUCAUUUUGGGAACACCUUAUUCUACAAGCAAGUGCUACAGAUCCAUCAUUACGGCAUGCUGUUGUGGCGAUUGGCUCCAUACAUGAAGAAUUUGCGCAUAAUAGAUUGAGCUACGAUGUGGAGUCCGAAAGCAAAGGACAGGCGUUUGCCAUAUCUCAAUAUACGAAAGCUAUUAGUCACCUGAGGAGGUCACUUCUAAACGGAAAGCAAGCACCAAUAACUGCAUUAAUGUCCUGCAUUUUGUUUGCUUGCUUCGAUUCAUUGCGAGGCUAUUUCGACAAUGCAAUGAUCCACCUCCAAAGCGGAUUGAAGAUUCUUAAAGAUUUCAAGGCUCAGUCAGCGGAAGAUGCUCAUAUGGUGGAGACUCACAUUACACCUCUAUUCAUGCGACUCAGUAUCCAAGCUAUUCUAUACAUAGAUACAAGAACCACCUCUGAACGCAAAGAUCUGGUCAAUGAGAUGGCAGAGAUAUGUGCCAGGGAGACCGAAGUGCCAGAGAUAUUCGAAAGCCUAGAAGACGCAAGGAAGCACAUGAACCAGUCAGCACACGGACUCUUCAGGAUGUUCCAUAUAUGUGACGGCACCAAACCAAUGCAGGACCAACCUCCCGAAGCCAAGAGAAUGUUCCUGCAAUACACCCGCCAAAUGACCGCAUGGAACAAAUCCUUCGAGAAAUUCAUGGCUGCGAAAUCCCACACAUUCAACAGUAAACAACUGCGCGGCGCGGCUCUCCUCAAGAUACAUCAACUUGUCUCAACUGUCAUGAGAGAUGUGACUCCGGAUGAUAGAGACGCAAGACCAGUCUCCGAAUCAGUAAACGACCCGAACAAUUUCCGUCGUUACGAGAGCGAUUUCAGAAUCGUAGUUAACCUAGCGAGAUCCUUGAUCGUAGCCGCAGAGCAGGAUAAGAUGAUGGGGAAGUCUCCGUUGACAUUCUCUACUGAUCUAGGACUUGUGGGGCCGUUAUAUUAUACGUGUAUCCGGUGCACGGAGCCGACGGUCAAGAUGCAAGCCCUUGAACUGCUGCUACAACUACCGAGGAGAGAGGGUAUGUGGGAUAGUGAGUCGACGGUUAAGAUGAUUAAGGAGUAUUGGGAGAUCGAGAGACGGCAUGAACAGCUGCAGAAAGCUACAGGGGAGCUAGCAACUCCUGUCCCGUUGGUCGAAGUUAUUGAUCUAGUAUUCGGAGAUGGCAUGCGGUGGGAAUGGAAGUGGAAACAUCCUUUAGGAAAGAUGCCCGUAAUGUUGAAAAAUGGCGAAGGAAGUGAAGUCAUCAGUACGUUUUCUGAUGACUGGAAGGAUCUUUUGGAGGAUCAGAGUUGGUUUACAGAGGACUUUACGAUGGCGACGGGCUAUUCCCCUUUGACGGACGGCAGUAUAUUUGGUACAGAAAGCAUGUUUGGCAUGGAUGGAGCAGGUUCACUUGGAAUAGAGAGUCCUGCGUUUGGAACACCAGCUUCGUUCGGGGUGGACAGUACAUUUGCUUUCAAAAACGAGGACAGUGUUUCGCCAGGCGCGCCGGAGCUCAUGCAGUGGGUUGUUCCUACGAUUGUGCCGGAUACACGGAACGAUUAUGAAUGGUCUGAAUUAUGAUACCUGAAUUUGGCGUUUGGCGGGGUUAUGGAUUCAGUGGAAUGGGGCGUCUUAUGGAGAUACCAAGAGGUAAAAUGGUGUCAAGAGCAAUGAUUAGAUAUAUAUAUCGCAAUUAUCUUUAUCUCUCACCCCAUAAUCAGACAAUACGAAGAGCAUCCUGACGG